CCUCGCCGGCUGCUGGCGCCUCUUCGCCCCGGUAACCGCUAGUGGCUGCUGUCGCUCAGUGGAGCCCAAGGAGACCGUGGCCAGAGCGUCCACCGCGCAAGAUGGUGGCUCCCGAGUCUCCUCUCCUACCGGCAGAGAGGGAAUGAACGUUCCCGGCUAAGUUAGAUGGAUGGUCCCCAUUAGCCUGGCGCACUGCCGCCCUCCUGCCUCCCCACCAAUUUCCAUUGUCAAGGGAGGUGCCGCUGUGUGUGGGGGGAGUCUGUGGGACCAGUGCAUUUGGGUGGGGGUCGGGGGUGCCCUGCCCCUCGAGCAGGAAUGGUACCCCCGGGGAAGAAACCAGCCGGAGAGGCCUCCAACUCCAACAAGAAGUGCAGACGUUACUUCAACGAACAUUGGAAAGAGGAGUUCCCCUGGCUGGACUUCGACUACGAGCGGAAGCUGAUGUUUUGUCUCGAGUGUCGCCAGGCCCUGGUGCGGAACAAGCACGGCAAAGCCGAGAACGCCUUCACUGUGGGCACCGACAACUUCCAGUGCCAUGCCCUGCUGCGCCACGUGACCUCGGGGGCCCACCGCCAGGCUCUGGCUGUCAACCGGGGCCAGCCCACUUUCGAGGGCCACGCUGAGGGAGGAGGGGCCUACCCAGACCUCGCGACCACACCCACCUCGGCGAGCGUCAAGGUGGAGGUGGACCCGGCCAAAGUGGCGGUGCUGACCACGGUGUACUGCAUGGCCAAGGAGGACGUGCCCGACGACCGCUGCUCUGCCCUGCUUGAGCUGCAGAGGUUCAACCUGUGCCAGGCGCUGCUGGGCACGGAGCAUGGCGACUACUACAGCCCCAGGAGGGUGAGGGACAUGCAGGUGGCCAUUGCCAGUGUCUUGCACACGGAGGCCUGCCAGCGCCUGAAGGCAUCCCCGUAUGUGGGGCUGGUGUUGGACGAGACCAGGGACUGGCCCGAGUCCCACAGUCUGGCCUUGUUUGCCACUUCGGUGUCCCCCUGUGAUGGCCAGCCUGCUACCACCUUCCUGGGCAGUGUGGACCUACAGGAGGGUGAGGCCACCGCUGGCCGACUCCUAGACAUCCUGCAGGCCUUCGGUGUAUCUGCACCCAAGCUGGCCUGGCUUAGCUCUAGCCUCUCCAGCAACCGCCUUGGGCGUGUGGGCCCACAACUCCGGGCUGUCUGCCCACUGCUCACCGAACUACACUGCCUCCCUGGCCGGACAGAUCCCGAGCCCCCUGCAUACCUAAGUGAAUAUGAAAGUGUGCUGGAUGCCCUCUUCCGCCUCCAUGGUGGCCCCAGUUGCCACAUGGUCCCUGAGCUGCGGGCAGCACUGGACCUUGCAGCUAUUGACUUGGCAGGACCUCGCCCAGUGCCCUGGGCCUCCUUGCUGCCUAUUGUGGAAGCAGUGGCUGAGGCUUGGCCUUGCCUGGUACCCACACUGGAGGCCUCUGCCCCAGCCUCCCCUACAGCGAGGGCACUGGCCCUCGCCCUGCGCCAGUUUACCUUCGUGGCCUUCACGCACCUGCUGCUGGACACACUGCCAUCCAUGCAGAAGCUCACCCUUGUCCUGCAGCCAGAGGAGCCGGACUUGGCCUUGUUGCAACCCCUGGUGAUGGCAGCCGCAACCUCCCUCCAAGCCCUGCGCAGCUCGGGUGGGGCGCGCCUCCAGGGCUUCCUGCAGGAGCUGGCGUCCUCCAGCUCCGACUUGGGCGGUGGCCGCUGUACCUACCGCGGCGUGGAGCUGGUGGGCUACUCGGAGGCUGCGGUGCGGGGCUUGCAGCGGCUGCGGGGGGCCUUCCUAGACUCCUUGCGGCGGGGGCUGCGGGACUCCUACCCCGGGCCCUCGCUGGACGCCGUGGCCGCCUUUGCGGCGAUCUUCGACCCGCGCCGCUACCCGCAGGCACCCGAAGAGCUGGGCGCACACGGCGAGGGGGCACUGCGGGUGCUGCUGCGCGCCUUCGCCCCUGCCGUGGUGCGCCAGAGGGCGCUGGGCGACUUCGCGCUCUUCAAGCGCGUCGUGAGCAGCCUCCGGCGGCUCGGCCCACGGGCCCUGUGCGCCAAGCUGGCGUGCUCGCGCUCCGAGCUGCACGAGCUCUUCCCGGACUUCGCCGCCCUUGCAGCUCUGGCCUUGGCGCUGCCCGCGGGCGCCAGCCUCCUGGAUAAGGUGGGCCGCAGCCGGGAGCUGCGGUGGUGGGGGCAGAGCGGGGCAGGGGAAAGCCGGGGCGGCCCAGCGGUGAAGAUCGCCGUGGAUGGGCCCCCGCUGCACGAGUUUGACUUUGCACUGGCCGUGGAGUUCUUGGAGACUGGGUGGGCGGAGGGGCUCCUGGGGUCGCAGCUCACGUGAGGGUGGCCUCCUUCCCUCUGCCCAGACAGCCUGGGGCUGCGAGCACCCUAGGGGCCCCAAGGCAGAUGUGACGGUGCUGCACCCUAGGGGACCUCUUCAUUGUGGCCUCCAGCCACCUGCUCCGUGCUUCUUCCGCUCCACGCUGAGUACUAACCCAGCCCCGUGGGCUGUGUCCAGGGGUUCCUAGGCCAGCCCACAGAGAUGCUAGGUUUGGGGACACCCUCCAUAUCGCCCCUGCCCUUGCCAGAGUUUGGCGAGGGAGUAGCUCACCGUUUCCCCUCUGGACCCAGCCCAGGUUUGCGCCAUAGAAAAGCUGAGGAGUCUUGGUUGAAGGGAGAAAGGAAUCGAGUGAUUGAGGGAAAGGAGAACAGAUCUUUGGCUGUUAGCUCCCCGCCUGGCAGCGUCACUUCUCUUCAGAUAUGACCAGAGAGAGCAGAUGAUUUUGUUGUUUUUGACGCAGCCCAGCAACCUCUCUGUGCACAAGUUACCAGUUCAAGGGAGGUAGGAGUGGUGCCCUCUCUCCCCUGCCCACUGAUAGACUGCCUGACGGCCUUCUGUAUAUGGCUGUGUAUAUAGACAUACACAUCUAUAAAUGUAAAAUAAAUGUAUCCUAUCUUGCAUAUUGCUAGCCCACAAAAAAUCAAAAAGGACUUCUUAUGGUUUUGCAAUGACAGAGUCCAGAAAAGUUUCAACGAACUGGAUUUAUUUCUAAUUUUUUUCUUCCUCAAAGUCUAGUUGCUUCCCAAAGUUCCGAACCUUCCCCCGCCCUUGCCUCUGACCUUUAAGACCAAAGACUGUAAAACCACAGGGCAGGACCGGCCAACUCUGAGGACCAGCCUCAGGCCACACCCAGGGGCUAGAGGGCUUUUGGCCUCCUGGGAGAAGGAGUUGGCGCCUCGCCAAAGCUGGGGUGGGGAAGGGAAGGGGACACAUCCCUUCAGACUCCAAUGGGUUUCCCAGCCCUUCCGUCAGCCUUGCUGUGAAUGUGUGGGGAUUAGUGAGGGGUUUGGGUUUAACUUGCAAUAAACUGGAAACCCGGUGCA